AUGUCAUCCUCCACCCAAGUUGCCGGGAAAGACGGAUCCUGGGCCGCGCUGGUCGAAAGGGCGUUCGACGUCGACUUUCCAACGGAUGUAGGGGACCUCCACUUGUCCAGAGACAAGGAGGGAGGCCCUAUCGACGGCAAAGUCAAGCUCAAGGGUAUAAAAGUCAGUGCCGGCCAAGGCAGCAAGAGCAGCAUCACGUUUGGGGGUGGCUCUCAGGAGUUCAAGGUGAAGGGCUCCCUGUCCUUUGGCAAAACGACGGUCAACCUCCUGGGCGGCCACCUCGACCUGGGCGGCCACCUCGACCUGGGCGAGGGCAACACAGACGACUUCCAGUUCAGCUUCACGGUCAAGUGGCACGCAUCCGUCUUCCCGCAAUGGACCGGGAUGGCAGACAACACCUACACGGAGGUGAAGGAGGUCGACAUCUCGGUCGCCGACCUUAAGAAGAGCAGCUCCAAGCAGGUCGCCAAGCUGAGCAGGAAGGACCCCCUGUUCGACGCGGCCGGCGUCAUCAUCCCGACGAGCGUCUUCAAGGGGUGGGCCAAGAAGCUCGACUUCAGCCUCGACAUCUCGAUCGCGCUCAAUGGCGACAAGCCGGCCAAGGUCACGGCCACGCGCAAGCUCCACCUCGAGGUGCGGCCCAUAUUCCAGCCCUUUGAGCUGGGGUGGCCCGACAUGCCAAAGUUCCCGCCGUGGUUCGACAUGAUGAAGCGGAGGGUGGAGCAGGACCUGGCGCAGCAGGCGGCCGAGCUGCACGUGGUGCUGCAGGCAAUCGAACACGCGGUGCAGGAGGUGGCGACGUGGCAGAACGUCGAGCGGCUCAUACAGAUAGCCAACGUAGCCAUGGCCGCCGUGACCGCCGCGGCUCUGAUCGAGGCGGGGGCCGUCGCCGCCGCCGCCGUGUUUGGCGGGCUGAACCCGGUCACCGACGCGGCCGCGGCCGAGGCGACCUGCGCGCUCACGGCCGCGACCGGCGAGGCCGGGGCCGCCAAGAUCGCCGUCAAGACGGCCGAGGAGGGGCUCGCGUGGGGGACGGAGAAGCUCUCGUGGGACAUCAUCGCGCGCAAGAUCGCCGAGAGCAUGGCCGAUAAGGCGGCCGAGGUCGUGGCCAACACGACGCUGGCAAAGGACGCGGUCGUCAAGGGCGCGCAGGCCCUCUUCGACCGGCUGGCGGCCCAGACGGGCCUCAAGAUGACGGGCGGCGACCUCGGCGCGCUGGCCAAAGGCCUGGGGGACAUGCGCGCCGCCGCGAGCGGGCAGAUGGGCCAGCUCACCAAGGAGCUCGGGCAGGCGACGGCCGAGAUGCACGAGGGCGCGGCGCUGGCGACCAGGCUGCUCGAGUACCAGGUGCUGCUCGAGAGCUGGAUGGCCACGGACCACAGCCGCGCGCCCUUCCUGACCUGGCCCGACACGAACCUGCGCAUCAGCAACCCCUCCGAGGACGCCGAGGUGCUCGACGUGGGCGACAUCGACGGGCCCAAGCAGUUCGCCGACGCCGCCACCAAGAUGCGCGAGUACGCGACGAGCAAGGGGUACGCGGGCUUCGUCAUGAUCCCGCUGCAGCGCAAGGCCUACUUCCGCGCCGGCGACGCCGCCGGGCUGCUGGGCACCCUCGACAGCGCCGGGUACGCCAAGGGCAUGGUGAGCUACGUGAAGGCGCAGCACCUUCCCCUGGAGGUUGUCGUCAGCCGCUGGGGAGCCAUCCAUGCGGCCAGCGGGGCCUCCUAG